UAUGAAUAAAACCCUCUUAGGUGCCAGAUGUGCAGCUCUGCCAAGUUUCCCGACAGUUUGUUGGCACAAUGAAGAGAAUAUCUCGUCUACAGGAGCCACUUUUAUAAUGCAGAGAGGGGGAGGAUCAUCUCCACCCUGCAAGAAAUGCGUGUUUUCACAUAUAGUCUAGUCUUUUUGAAGGUCUCUGUCUUGUCUCAGAAUCGAAAGCAUUUUGACUCUUGUCUCGCUCUCAGUCUGGACGGACCCUGGAUUUUGAAUCAAGACCACCACUGAGGCUAUUGGUCCACAUCAUGACUUUGAUAAGAUAACACCCCUUUUUAAAAGAACAAAUAACUUUAAUUCAUUCAGAAUUCGAUUUUUAUCCUCCAGUUAUGGCCUCAACCUUCCUGGUGUAAGUGAGGGACACGCCCCCUGCACACAAGACAAUUAUUUUUCAAGCAUAUUUAAGGUCUUGUCUCAGUGUCGGAGCACUCCAGUCUCGGGUAUGUCUUGGUCUCGGUUAGUGUGGUCUUGACUACAACACUUCUAUAGUCAUGUCCACUCUGAGUUUUAUCUGCUCCUUAAUCUUGAAAAAAGUGGGUAGUUCAGUCAGAGGGAUAUAACUCUGCUGGUUGGCCAGACUUCUUAAUAUGGCAGAAUUACAUGUCCUGAAAUGAGCACAAAUAGAGGAAAAUAACUGAACCAUUUGAUAUCUAGUAACCCAUUUAGUAAAAAUGAAUCUUAUAGUUAUGUAGGAGUCUUGGUAUAACUUUUCGUAAGUAUUUAAGUCUUUUUAAGAGUAAAGAAACGGAAAUCUUAAAUUAAAUACUAAUGUUUAAAUACACAAGCUGAACAGCUGAAGUCUUAACUUGCAAUUAUGCUAAUUAUUUCACAGGAAGAAAAUUAGAUUUCUACCAAAGAAGGUACACAGAAUGAUAAUGCAUAGUUUAUAAUUAAACCAGCAGGUCCCAGGUGUGUUGGUUUGUGAUCCUUAAAAUAAAUUGUGUGCAUGGUUUGGUGUUCAUUUCUUGUUUCCCCUAUCAUAGUUUUCUUCAAAUAACUUUAAAUCCCUCCAGAAAGGUCUUAAUCCAAGUAUGUGUAUGAAACCUUUUCUUUUAAUAAUCAUGGUAUGAUCCCUUAAAUAUGUGUGUGUUGAACCUUGGCAGGGGCUCCAACCUCAGGUUGAGAACCAUUGCAUCAAACUGACUGUAGCCUAUAUGAAGUGAUUCAGACUAACUCUGCUGUUAAUAAAGAUCCAGUUAAAGGCUCAGGAUUUUCUGUAAAACAAGAACUAGUAUUUGUACUUGUUCACAGUCCAGUCUUGAAUGUUUUUUUCAGUGUGGCACCUCCUCUGGCUCUGUUUUCCAACCAACUCUCUCUCUCUCUCUCUCUCUCUCUCUCUCUCUCUCUCUCUUCACACACACACACACACUCUCUCUCUCAUACUUCAUCUCUGUCAGUAAGUGAGCUCCAGAAGCAGCAGCAGCAGCAGCCUCUCCUCAGAGAUGGAGAGCUGGUAGAAGUGCAGCAGCAGCGGCCGCUUUCCCUCCUCUUCUCCGGUGGAUGUUGGAUGUACGAUGAGGUCUCCGCGGCUCUGGGCAGCUCUGUGCCUCCUCCUCACCGCCUCCUGCCGGCUCUGCGCGGCCGCCCGACACGGUUGUUUGUUUGAAAAGAAGCUCUGCCCGAGAGAUCAGCUGUGCAACGAUGACGGUUUGUUCGGACAGUGCCAGGCCCCUCGUCAGACCCCGGUCCAGUACCAAGUGUCUGUGCCUGUCCUGCACAAGCUGCAAGAAGUCCUCAAAGACCUGAUGGUUCAAGGUCUGACCUGGAAGGAUGACAUCACUCAAGCCAUCAUUGGCCGAGAGCUGAGUCACGUUCCCACCAUCAGCUCCUCCAAACUUCAUGAGAAGUCGCCCAAACAGUUUUCCAGGCAGCCAGGCGGUCUGGGUCAGAGGAGGGUUCAGGGGCCCGAGGAUCCAGCUGACCCUGUGAUGAUGCAGCAGUAUGUGGACUACAUGAUCCUUGAUCCUUCCCGAUCCUCCUCUGUGCACAUGCAGACCCCCCUGCUGGACCCUUACACCUACCACCAGCAGCAGUACGGCUACCAGGAUGAGGAGGAGCGCUCCCUCAACACUCUGGAUGAUAAUCCAGCCUUCCCGUUCCUGACCUCCUCCUCCCGCUCCAGAUCCCGAGGAGACCCUUUGGACAGAGAUCGGCAGCUCCUCCAGGACCUGGUGUCCUUUUACCUCACCUCCCCUUCCUCCUCUUCCUCCUCUUCCUCUUCCUCUUCCUCUUCCUCCUCCUCCUCCUCCUCCUCCUCCCCUGUGCAGUCCCUCUCUCGCCAAAAAGGGGCUUUGGCAGCAGCAGCGUCAGCAGGAUUUCCCUCUUCUUUGUCCUCAUCUUCCUCGUCCUCUUCCUCGUCCUCCUUCUUCCCUGAGCUGGACUUCCCUCUGGACUACGGCGAGGACUACGUUUCCCAGGUGGCUCAGCUCAGCAAGCAGCAGCAGCAAGAGCAGGCGGAGAAGAAGGCUCAGGACGAGUAUGACGCCCUGUCAGGACUAGAUGAGCGCUCCCUGCAGAGGCUGUCUCUGCUGCUCGAUCACUACGGCCUCGACAUGAAGGAUUUGUCCUCCGAGCAGAGAGACAAGCUGCCGGCCGCUCUGAAGCAGCUGCAGCUCGACAGCACCUUCGGAUUCAAAGAAACGAAAGAUAAAUAUGGAAACAGUGCGGACAAAGGAAAGAAGAUGACAGCGGGUUCCAUGUCUUAUAAGAAGCCGGCCCCCGAGGCUCCGCCCCCCGCCGUCAAUCCCCCUAAACCAGAGGAAGCUCAGAAAGAUUCUCCUCCACCUCCUGCUGAAGAGGUCAAACAGGACAAACCAGCAGCCAAAGCAGACGAGUACGGAUACAUCGUCACCAAUCAGAGCCCCCUCAGUCUGAACGACGGGGUGCGAUUGUUGGAGAGUCUGUCUGAGAGGAGCGGCCUCUCCACCGCCUCCAUCAUCAACGUCAGUGUCGUCGGACCUUCAAUCACCUUCAGAAUCAGACCGAACUCCAAGAACCUGACGGCUGGAGAAGUGGCGGAGAAAGCAGUUGCAGAGAAGAACUUUCUGGAGUCUGAGACAGGCCUGAAGGUGCUGCAGAGCGGAGUCGGAGAGAACAAUGAUGGGAAAGCGUUGCCCCUGGCGACCAGAGUCCAGCCUCCUGGCUCCCGCUGGUUGUUCGCCACGCUGGUGGCCAUGGCGUGCAUCGGCAGCAUCCUGGUGGCGGGCAUGACCAUCGUUUGCCUGCGCCACCACGCCCACAGGCUGGCUGCAAAGAAGCUGGGACUGGGACCAGAGGGGGGCAGCUUCAGCCACCAGGAGUACCAGGACCUGUGUCGUCAGCACAUGGCCUCCAAAGGCGCCUUCGGUCGCCUGGAAGCCGCUGCCCUGGGCGCCGUGGGAGGAGCGAGCGGAGGAGGAGGUGCUGCUGCUGUCAGUGGAGGAGGAGGAGGAGGAGGAGCAGGAGCAGCAGGAGGAGGAGGAGGAGGAGCAGACUCGAGGGUGAGCAGCGUGUCAUCCCAGUUCAGCGACGGAGCCCAGCCUAGCCCGAGCUCCCACAGCAGCACGCCGUCGUGGUGCGAGGAGCCGGCGCAGGCCAACAUGGACAUCUCGACGGGCCACAUGAUACUGGCCUACAUGGAGGACCACCUGAGGAACAAGGACCGUCUGAUGAAGGAGUGGGAGGCUCUGUGCUCCUACCAAGCCGAGCCCAGCGCCGUUUCUGUGGCCCUGAGCGACGCCAACGCCAAGAAGAACCGCUGCCCCGACUCUGUGCCCUAUGACCACUCCAGGGUGAAGCUGAAGGCGGAGAUUAACCCUUCACGCUCUGACUACAUCAAUGCCAGCACCAUAAUUGAGCAUGACCCCCGGAUGCCGGCUUACAUCGCCACCCAGGGCCCCCUGUCGCACACCAUCUCUGACUUCUGGCAGAUGGUUUGGGAGAACGGCUGCACGGUGAUCGUGAUGAUGUCGGCUCUGGUGGAGGACGGAGAGAAACAGUGCGACCGCUACUGGCCUGAUGAGGGCUCGUCUCUCUACCACAUCUACGAGGUGAACUUGGUGUCUGAACACAUCUGGUGUAACGACUUCCUGGUGCGGAGCUUCUACCUAAAGAACGUGCAGACGCAGGAGACCCGCACACUCACUCAGUUCCACUUCCUCAGCUGGCCUGCUCAGGGCAUUCCCACCUCCACACGCCCCCUGCUGGACUUCCGCAGGAAGGUGAACAAGUGCUACAGAGGACGAUCCUGCCCCAUCAUCGUGCACUGCAGUGAUGGCACAGGCCGGACUGGGACUUACGUCCUGAUCGACAUGGUUCUUAAUCGCAUGGCUAAAGGUGUGAAAGAGAUCGACAUCGCUGCUACUCUGGAGCACGUUCGAGACCAGCGGCCCGGGAUGGUUCGCACCAAGGACCAGUUUGAAUUCGCUCUGACGGCCGUGGCUGAGGAGGUCAAUGCCAUCCUCAAAGCUCUGCCCCAGUGAAACCAGUACGACCGUGACCGGCCUCCUGUCUGCACCCUUGACUAUCCCAUUAAGGCUCUUGUCUUGUCUCUUCUUUUCUCUUUAUGGUGAUGAUGAUGAAGAUAAUUAUGAUGAGGAACGAUGUUGUACUUCACAAUCUGCCCAUCAAAAAUUAAAAACAGGAUGAUUUCAGGUCAGGAAGGACUCACACAUUUAUCAGUCAGGUCCCGUAGUCACAAACAUUCAGAGAAUCCUCUCAGAGAGCUCCUAACUCAGCUUAGCCUAGGAGUGUUUCAGGAACAAUCUCUUAGUUACUCUGAGCGAGAAUUUGCGAUUUGUUGAUCCAAAAAAAAAGGAAUCUAAAGUCAGACGUUGUGUAAUUAAGAACAUUAUGAAAUUAAGAUCUGUGAUCAUUUGUAAGACGUACUAGUAUAAAGCCAAUAAAAUGUUUGAAUCACAUGCCCACAUGUGCAGCAGCCUCUUCACCUGAUGAUCGUUAUAUCAUCAGGUGAAGAGCCUUAAUUACUGGUGAUUGGAUGCACCUGUGGAGGUCACCACAGGUAGACAUGUGGAUUAAAAUGUCUGCACCAAUAAUUUUUUUUUCUGUACCGCCCAACUCAAAAAGAUUCUUCUUCAUGUAGAGUUUGAAGAAUGUUUCUUCAGUUUCUCCUCACCUUGAGAAUAAGCAUGAUAAAAGUCCUCCCCAACAGUUUGACACCUCAGGAGCUAAAAACCUUUGUGAAUAACGUUCAUCUUUACACAGAUCUAGUCUCAACUUUAAGGGGAAAUUCUUAGAAAACGUCCUGAUUCUAAGACUCUUCUUAGAAUUUUGUCACUUGGACCAACUCUUUGUAUUGAGGAGGCUUUGUGAAUACAGCCCCUAAUGUUUGAAUGUGUUUGCGCUACAGUUAUGUUGCGUUCAGGGACAUUCAGAUGGAAAUAGUGUUAUGUAUUCAAAGCUAAUUUGCAUGAAGGUUAAACUAGGAAAUAAACGACCUUUAGACUUAAAAGUUUUCUCUUUGGAGAUGAUUUUGGUUUAUGUUCUUUGCAGUCAUAUUGUUUUUGUUUAGCACGUCGAUUGUGCCUUUUUUCAUAACCACUCAGCUUAGAGUCCCGUUUAAACCUGUAACAUUUACAAAUCUAGUAUCAGUCAUGAAAAAGACCGUCACUGCAAAUAUAUUCUUACACUAUUAAUAUUCACAAAUACAACAGAAACGUGUACUUCAUUAACAAAAUACGUCAAGUUAAUUUAUUUUCUUCAGAAUUUUUCUUAAUUUGCUUAAAGAGAUAACAUACAUGUAGCUCUUUCAUAGCUUUUUCAGUUGGUUCAGCUUUUUAAAUUAAUGACCUGCCUCAUAAAUCAGAAACUUAUUGAUACUUGCCCACCACUUUUGCAUUUGCUAUCCCGUCUGACCGUCCUUGAAUGCAUCGUUGACUAUUCAAACCUAAGAUUUUACUUAAACUUGUGAAAGUCCAGUCAGACAACUUAAAAAUGAUUCUCUAAUUUUACUCUUAUUAAAACAGAAUCCUAACAUUUCCUCUAAUAUGUUGUCGUAGUUUGUCUAAAUUGUGCUGCUGUUGGGACAGCCUGUGGGUUUUUUUUGUCUCCUUGAGGACACAAAAUUAUUUUAAAAACUACUCUAGAAAGGCCUAAAUAUUGGAUUUACAAACAUGAAAGUCCCUGGUAGAGUGAUGAGAUGUUGUGAUUGUUUUCACUUCCUGCUCAGCUUGUUACUUCCUGUCCUCUCAUCAUCACACGAACAACACCUGAAAAUACAAACAUACGACGUGCGUCUCUGUGUGCCAUUCAGAUCAUUUGACGUCCCUGGAUGAAUAUAUAUUGUUGUAAACCUCAUGCAAGUCAGAAAAUGAAUAAAAAAAAAUCACUAAAAAAAAUCAAGAAAUGCUAUUCUAUUAAAAGAAGAAAAGCUAUUUUGUAUAUGUGAGACCUUAAAUAAAUCUUUUCGUGUUUAAGUGCUGCAA